AUGAUUCCACUGGCACUACUUUCUCGAUCAACUUCACGUUUAUUUUCAAAAAUUCACUUUCGAAUCUUAUGCAAUUCUCGAAACUACUCCCAAUGUACUUUGUCACCGACAGAAUUACCAGCAGCGUUAAACGCUUCAUUUGCCGAAUCAGAAACUUCAACGAACGAUCAACUGAAUAAUUUUUUAAUUCGUUACGUAUUAGAAAACCAAUCAACAGCUUCACCAUCUUUCUCUAACCUCUUCGGCCAGUUAAAUUCCAAGGCAAAUCUACAACUACCACAUGUACUUCUGUAUGAGAACAUGGGACGAAAGAAUGUUACUAAUCAAUCGGAUCUCACACCGGGAAUAGUCACUAUCGCUCAUGUUUUACCUUCGAUAGGAAAAGUGAUUGUUGCAAGUGGAUUUGCAAUACUCGAUGGAGGACUCAUCGUGACUUGUGCACAUACAUUCUACCAAGCAGUUCAGCAUCUUUCUUCUUCGAAUCAUGAUUCAAAAUCGAAAUCAAUUGUGAUAGCUAAUGACGGGAAUUUGAUUGGUAUUGCAGCGCUCGAAUCUCAUCUCGUUCGCUCAGAUCUUGUUAUACUUCGAUUGCAGCGCGAACACAAACUUCCGUCUCUUGCAGUUGAUCCGUACCCAGCACCAACUACGACAUCAUUGUUAACCUAUGACUUUCAAACAGCAUCUCUUUCAUCGACUUCUACACCUACUGUAUCAUAUUCAUGGAAAUUAGCGGAAGUUUUAUGUUAUCGCGGUCCAUGCGGUCAAGAAGCACAAGCAGGAACAUAUGAUGAAUUAACUUCGAUGAUGCAUUCACAUCCAUCUUCAAAUGGAUCGAGCGGUGGGCCCAUUGUAAAUAAAGAAACAAGAAGUGUCGUUGGCAUUGUUCGAGGCAGUGAAAUUACCUGGAAUGCCUGA